AUGUCUUAUACACUCCUCUCUCAAUUACAGAAAAAAUGCGUUGAAUCUCAAUCGGACCCAUAUCAAAUCAAAUCAGAACGAAGUCCCGCCGAAUUUAAUGUACUAAAUCAUGGUGAUUUAUGGGUAAAUAAUAUUAUGUUCCAAUAUCAUGAAGAUGGCGCGCUGAAAGAGACCUAUUUCAUUGAUUUCCAAUUGGGUCGCUAUGGAUCGCCGGCACAGGAUUUACAAUAUUUCCUUUACUCAUCAACCAAUUUGGAAAUUAAAUUAAAACAUUUUGAUUAUUUCAUUGCCUAUUAUCAUGAAAAAUUAGUGGAGAGUUUGAAAUUACUGAAAUAUGAAAGUAAAAUUCCCAGUUUGAGAGAUAUACACAUUGCCAUGUACAAGCAUGAUUAUUGGGCUUAUACCAUUGCAACAAAUUUGAUGCCUGUAAUACUUUGUGAGUCCCGUGAAGAUGCCAAUAUGGAUAAUGUCAUCGGUGGUGAAGAAGGUAGCGAUUUCCGUCAAGCUAUGUACACUAAUAAAAGAUUAGCGGAAAAUAUGAAAGUUUUAAUUCCGUGGUUGGACAAUCGUGGUGCAUUUGAAGUAUAA